GAGCAACACACGACUGACCGGGCUUUUCUUCCGGUGAAGGUAAGAGCGCUACGAGCCUGCCUGUAAAGCAGGGUAUCACUCGCUGGCUAACCGCUCUUUAGCCUAAGCAUCUUGGGGACUAGUGGACCAAAUAUUUUGAUGCUACAGCUGUGGGACUCAUAAUACUGCCUUGAGAGCUUUUCUCUAACCGUCCAACACAAUUCUUCUGACGCACCUCAAACAUCUUUGGGACCAGCACAGCAUUCGACACUUGCCUGAUCACCACUGCUGCUCAGUCCUCUUCCAGAAAAAAACAUGAGUCUUCAGUCAGACUCUGUCCUCCGGUCGAUCCUCCUUUUUCCAAUCCACUUUUUCAUAUGGCUGUACUCCAUCCUCUCAUUCCUACCUUGGUACUACCUCACCGGAGCUGGCCAAAGAACAGCUCUGUCCAAGAGGAUAAAAGCCCGUUCCACUUCAGGAUGCGCAGAGGGACCAUACCGCUCCGUGGACUGCUUUGAUUCCCUGGCCAGGGAAGAUUUUCCAGGCAAGGACACACUUGAUAAGCUGUUCAGGCAUGCUGUACAACGCUUUGGCGAAGCUCAUUGUCUAGGUUCCCGAGAGAUUCUGAGUGAAGAGAACGAGACUCAGCCCAGUGGGAAAGUUUUUAAAAAGCUGAUCCUUGGGGAAUACAGGUGGCUAUCCUACAAUGAACUUGACUCCAUAGUCAGUGAGUUUGGCAGUGGAUUGGCAGCUUUGGGGCAGCAACCCAAAAGCACCAUCGCAAUCUUCUGUGAAACCAGAGCAGAGUGGAUGAUCACUGCUCAGGCAUGCUUCAGAUGUAAUUUCCCACUGGUGACUUUUUAUGCCACGCUGGGGGAGGAGGCCAUUGCUUAUGGUCUGAAUGAGACUGGUGUUACACAUUUAGUCACCAGUGUGGAGCUCCUUGAGACUAAACUGAAAAGCGUGCUGCCACAGAUCCCCAACCUGAAGCAUGUGAUCUAUGUGGAUCAGAAGAAAAUGAGCACAGAAGGCUACCCAGCAGGAUUUUCCAUCCACAGCAUGCAGUCCGUACUAGAGCGGGGCAGGCAGCCCGAGAAUAUGGCCAGGGUAAUUGUUGAGCCCCAGCCAUCUGAUCUGGCUGUUGUGAUGUACACCAGUGGCUCUACAGGCAGACCCAAAGGAGUCAUGAUUGUCCACAGCAACCUAAUUGCAGGAAUGACAGGCCAGUGUGAACGCAUCCCUGGGCUUGGGCCUAAUGAUACCUACAUAGCCUAUCUGCCGCUGGCUCACGUUCUGGAAAUGACAGCUGAAAUCUCCUGCGUCACAUACGGUUGUCGGAUUGGCUACUCAUCCCCGCAGACGCUGUCAGACCAGUCCACUAGGAUAAAGAAGGGAAGUAAAGGAGACUGUUCUGUGCUCCGGCCCACCCUGAUGGCUGCUGUGCCGGAAAUCAUGGAUCGUAUCAACAAGAAUGUGAUGAGCAAAGUGCAGGAAAUGGGUUUCGUUCAGAAGAUGCUGUUUACACUGGGCUACAGUUAUAAACUGGAGCAGAUCAGGAGGGGCUAUGACGCACCACUCUGCAAUGCCUUGUUGUUCCGGAAAGUAAAGAAACUGCUGGGUGGACGAGUGAGGAUGAUGCUGUCCGGAGGUGCCCCGCUGUCUCCGGACACCCAGAGAUUUAUGAAUGUGUGUUUCUGCUGUCCAGUGGGCCAGGGUUAUGGCCUCACCGAAACCUGUGGAGCAGGGACCAUCACAGAGGUUGAAGACAUCAGCACUGGUCGUGUUGGAGCUCCUCUGAUUUGCUGUGAGGUCAGACUCAGGGACUGGGCUGAAGGUGGCUACACCAGCAAAGACAAACCAAAUCCAAGAGGGGAGAUCCUGAUUGGGGGCCCCAAUGUAACCAUGGGCUACUACAGGAGUGAAGGCAACAAUCAGGACUUCUUUGUGGAUGAAAAGGGUCAGAGAUGGUUCUGCACUGGCGAUGUAGGAGAGAUUUAUCCAGAUGGCUGUCUACAAAUUGUUGACCGCAAGAAAGACUUGGUGAAACUGCAGGCAGGGGAGUAUGUGUCUCUCGGUAAAGUGGAAUCCGCUCUGAAAACCUGCUCUCUUAUAGACAACAUCUGCGCAUAUGCAAACAGUGAUCAGAACUAUGUGAUCAGCUUCGUGGUUCCCAACCAGAAAAGGCUCACAGACCUGGCCAAACAGAGGGGCAUAGAGGGAACAUGGGAGGAGAUCUGCACUAACCCUGAGAUGGAAACUGAGGUCCUGAAGGAGAUCACAGAGGUCGCCACAAAGAUUAAACUCCAGCGCUUUGAGAUUCCAUUGAAGGUGCAUCUGAGUUCAGAGCCGUGGACGCCUGAAACGGGCCUCGUUACAGAUGCUUUCAAGCUGAAGAGGAAAGAGCUGAAGAACCACUAUCUACACCACAUAGAAAGAAUGUAUGGGAGGAAGUAACUUCCAGCACUUCCAGCCCCCCAGGAGUCUCUAUUAUCACCAUAACCACUGUUUUGAUGUGUAAAUAUUCACCCGGUUACAAAGCUGUAAGUUGUUUCUGGUCCACAGCUUCCAAGAAAAAAAAAAAAGCAUAAGCUGUUGAUAGUUGUAGCCGUUUAUCCACACGUGCUGCUUUUUUUUUUUUUUUUUUUUUCCCGUGUGUGAGUGGGUGUGUUUGUGUGAAAAGUUCUGAUUGUCAAAGCGAUGCACUAAAAUGUCAACUUUUAUGUCAACUAGAAGGGUCAAAGGCUUUUGCAGCUCUCAACUGCCAUCCAUUUCAAAGUGCUGCCACUGUGUUGUCGGUGGAAAUGGCACUGCUGGUGUUUAAGCCUUGCCGCUGCUCCCAUCGAAAAUGUUCAGGAAAAAAAAGUCACCAUCAUUACAGAAACAUGUGAUACUGUUUUGUAAAGUUGGGAGUACUGAUGUUGAGGUGCCUUCAGUUUGCAGUACUCCUGUAGUCAAGCAGAAGUGGUAGCUAGAUGGAGAAAAAAAAAUGAGGCUUGAAGGCCAUGUUUACUUGACUGAAAGGAAACAUGCUCCCCAACAGAUACAGACAUGGAUAAAAGAUGGAAAAUACUUUUUGUCAUGUCUGUUUAUCCACAUUUUUUAAACUGUUUUAUUUAUGUUUUAUUUUAUUGUAAUGGUUUAUUCAUAAAGGAAGACCAAAAUGUGUUGACCUAAAUGACUCAGGAAGACGGACAUGUUUUUUUUUUUUAUUAAUAUGAAGUUGUCAGAUGUGGGGUGCUGCUUGUAUUGAAACAUUUCUGUCAAAAUGUUUGUAGGCACCUUAUUAAAGAGCUAGUAUGCUUAACUACUAAAAUGCUUAGAAGCCUUCAUUAUAGUCACAACUGGCAUACUGUAAUACUGUGUGUUUUACCUCAGUUAACAGGUUAAUGUACAAUUUGGUAUCAAAGGCUCCUCUGAACUCGAUGUGUUUUCUAUGUAUUUUUCCAAAUAUUUGUCAUGUUGGUGGAUUUGCAUUGUAAAAAACCUUAAGUACACAAAUAUGACAGUCACUUCAGUUGUUUGGUGAACUUAUGUGUAUCUGUUACUCCCACAAUUACAGUCACAUGCCUUGUUCAAUAUUUCAAAAAUAAACAGCUUUCAUAUUCA